AUGGACCAUUAUGUUAGAUAUCAAGGAAAAUCCAUUCUGGCUUCAAGGAAUACGCCCUUUUUGAUGAAAAAAUGGAAGUACUAUCUUAUCCAUUUAUGGCAAUGUCAUUUUUAUGUUUGGUCUCAACCAGGAAAGAUCCAUAUAAACCAAUUAUCCGAGCAUUCAUUUUACUUUUUGGGUUAUUUUUCAAAUGUUCGGCUAAAUCCUUCAGUGGUACGGAGUCAAAUGUUGGAAAAGUCAUUUCUAAUGGAAAAUCUUAUGAAAAAGUUUGAUACAAGAAUUCCAAUUAUUCCUCUAAUUAGAUCAUUGGCUAAAGCAAAAUUUUGUAAUGUAUUAGGACAUCCCAUUAGUAAGCCGGUCUGGGCCGAUUCAUCCGAUUUUGAUAUUAUUGACCGAUUUUUGCAGAUAUGCAGAAAUCUUUCUCAUUAUUACAACGGAUCCUCAAAAAAAAAGAGUUUGUAUCGAAUCAAAUAUAUACUUCGGCUUUCUUGUAUUAAAACUUUGGCGCGUAAACACAAAAGUACUGUACGGGUUUUUUUGAAAAGAUUAGGUUCUGAAUUAUUGGAAGAAUUCUUUACAGAGGAAGAAGAUAUUUUUUCUUUGAUCUUCUCAAGAGCUUCUUCUACUUUGCAGAGGUUAUAUAGAGGUCGGAUUUGGUAUUUGGAUAUUUUUGAUUUUCAUCAAUGAUCUGGUCAAUCAUGAAUAACUGGUUAUCAUACUUUGUAAAUGGAAACUAUCUUUAAAUGAGGAAAAGAGAAAAAAAAAAAGAAUUCAUUCGUUUCUAUUCUAUUAUGAAAUAUGAAAUCGAUUAUGAAAUGCUCAUGUAGUAAGAGUAGGAUUUGAUAAACUAAGUACCUACCUUUUUUAGAGUCCUGUUCUAGGGAAAGAACUGAGGUUUAGAUGUAUACAUAGGGAAAGCCGUGUGCAAUGAAAAAUGCAAGCACGGCUUGGGGAGGGAUUUUUUUUGUUUUGUUGUUUAAUGUUUAAUUAGAUUAACAAAAAAAUUAUCUACUCCAUCCGACUAGUUCCGGGUUCGAGUCCCGGGCAACCCAUUAUACUUAAUAUAUCCAAGUCAUAUGUAUCAAGUCAUAUGUAUAUAAAUGUAUAGAAAUUUUUAG